CUCAACACACAAAGCUAGCUAAGAGUUAGACAGCAUCCAUUUCACCGGCAGAAACAUGGCCUCCUUCUCUUCCUCCUGCUUCCUUCUCUGCACUGCUAUUCUUGCAUUGGUCUCAUGCCAGGCUCUAUCUUCAGAUCCUGGUCCUCUCCAAGACUUUUGUGUGGCGGACAAUAGCUCGCGUGUACUUGUUAACGGAUUCGUAUGCAAGGACCCAAAGGCCGUGACAGCGGAGGACUUCUUCCUGGCGGCCAAACUCGACAUGCCGAGAGACACAAAGAUGAGCAAGGUCGGGUCCAACGUGACCUUGAUUAACGUCAUGAAGAUUGCUGGCCUCAACACGCUUGGCAUCUCCCUCGCACGCAUCGACUACGCACCCCUAGGCGAGAACCCUCCACACACACACCCCCGUGCCACCGAGAUCCUCACCGUGCUUGAGGGUACACUCUACGUCGGCUUCGUCACGUCCAACCCGGAAAACAAGCUCUUCUCCAAGGAGCUCAGGAAGGGUGAUGUCUUUGUUUUCCCGCAAGGACUCAUCCACUUCCAGUUUAACCCCAACCCCUACAAGCCCGCGGUUGCGAUUGCCGCACUUAGCAGCCAGAACCCUGGGGCAAUUACCAUUGCCAACGCCGUAUUUGGAUCAGAGCCUAUGAUCUCGGAUGAUGUUCUCGCCAAGGCCUUUCAGGUGGAGAAGAAGACCGUGGACUGGCUCCAAGCUCAGUUCUGGGCCGACAACCACAAUUAAUUUUGUGUUGCACCGGUCGCUAGGGUUUGACGACAAAAUUGUAUUCCUUGUGGUUGUAAUUAUUUAUUGUAUCUAAUGAU